CUGUUGUUCCGGUGCCCAGAGUUUCCUGCUUGAGGAGACUCGUUGUGUGUGCGCGUGUUUUGGGGGGGUGGAAGCUCCUUUUGAGCGCAUGCGAGCGAGAGGAGCGUGGGAGAGGGGGAGAAGGAAAACAACAACAACAAACGUCCGCCUCAAACCACCGAGAGAUGGAGCAGGGGUAGCCUAGAGCGCCCUCCCAACUAGGAGAGGAGGCGGAGGCGGCGGAGGCGGCGCCAAAGAAGAAACGGGCGAGAGCGGCUUCUCGGUGCCUUCCGCGCGUCUGGAAGUAUAUGCGAAGGAAUUAGAAGGUGACCUGUCUAGAAUUCAACUGGGUGGUUUAGCUUUGACGCGUUGGAGCUUACUCUUUGCCUUUGUGAGUGUCCUUCGAUUGUUUCAGGAUGCCAGCAGCACUUGCAGAAAAUAGUCAAGUGAUCUGUGAAGUAUGGGCAAACAAUCUGGAAGAAGAGAUGAGGAAAAUUCGAGAAAUUGUUCUCAGUUACAGUUACAUUGCAAUGGAUACAGAGUUUCCUGGAGUUGUUGUUCGACCCAUAGGUGAAUUUCGCAGCUCUAUAGAUUAUCAGUAUCAACUGCUACGGUGUAAUGUUGAUCUCCUGAAAAUUAUCCAGUUAGGCCUGACCUUCACAAAUGAGAAAGGAGAAUAUCCUGCUGGAAUCAACACCUGGCAGUUUAACUUCAAGUUCAACCUUACGGAAGAUAUGUAUUCUCAGGAUUCCAUAGAUCUUCUUGCAAGCUCUGGAUUGCAGUUUCAGAAGCACGAGGAGGAAGGAAUUGAUACUCUACAUUUUGCAGAACUACUUAUGACCUCUGGUGUAGUGCUCUGUGACAAUGUCAAGUGGCUUUCAUUCCACAGUGGGUAUGACUUUGGUUAUAUGGUGAAAUUGCUGACAGAUUCAAGGCUUCCAGAAGAAGAGCACGAGUUCUUCCAUAUCUUGAAUCUUUUCUUUCCAUCUAUAUAUGAUGUUAAAUACCUAAUGAAGAGCUGCAAAAACCUGAAGGGAGGCCUUCAGGAAGUUGCUGACCAGCUAGAUUUGCAGCGGAUUGGACGGCAGCAUCAAGCUGGGUCUGACUCCCUACUCACAGGGAUGGCAUUCUUCAGAAUGAAAGAGUUAUUCUUUGAAGAUACAAUUGAUGAUGCGAAGUACUGUGGGAGACUGUACGGUCUUGGUACAGGAGUAGCUCAGAAACAGAAUGAAGAUGUAGAAACAGCACAAGAGAAAAUGAGUAUUUUGGCAAUUAUCAACAACAUGCAGCAGUGACGCCUAGGUGCCAUUCAAUAUGAAAUGGGUCCAUGGAGGUUAGCUACCUCCUUAAAUGCAUUACAACCACAUGACAGAAAAACUGGGGUUUUUUUUGCAGAAGGCAAAAGGCAUCUUUACUUUGAAUCUUAGAAGAUUCUAAUCAAGUAAUGAUCAGUAAGAGUAUUUUGCCCCUAUGUAAAAAACAGAUACAAACUAUAAUGUAUAUACCUCCUUUUUCUUUUAAACCUUACUGAAUAUCCAAGAAGUAAUCAUUUCAGAGCUUUUAGCAGGGACAAGGUUCUCUCAUGCACUUGCAGAUCUAGCUUUUGAAAAAAGAUUUUAAAACUUCUUUUGCUCUCUGUGAGGGUGAUUUGUUCCUAAGCCCUCUGCUAGUUUUAUCUUUUGUGUAAGUCCGUCUGCAAAGUGAUCCACUCAGCCCUGGUGGUGGAGACAAUGCAUGAACUCCUUAGAUCUGACAUAGUAGCAGCCAUAAUGAUGGUCUUGACUAGUACUAGGGCUAGCUUCUCCUUUUAGAUUGCUGGGCCAUGUAUCUUAUCAGUUUCAUCUUAACUACUGUAGAACUGGAAUAAAGCUGUCUGCAUGCUUGAGACUGCAAUAAUAAUUUAGAUCAAAUAUUGUUUCACUUUUAGUGAAAUAAUUUACCCUUUUGUUAACAGGAUGUCUAAUAAGUGUAUAAAAUGAGAAGUGUUACCUGCUACUGAAGGGCUAAGUAAAGCUUUUAGAUUUCUCUUUUAUACUACUUCCAAAAGAAGCCUCCACUUGUUAAAUGGAUACAGGCAGAAAAUACAUUUAAUAGUUUUGCAAGUCUCGUAACAUCCCUAAAAACCAAAAACUUGAGAGACAAAAUCCAGACAGUUGGUAUUUUAAUAAGUUUAAACUGUCCAUUAUGUAAAGUAUUGCAAGCUGCUGUUAAUUGCUUGUGUAUAUAAUUGGUUCUUAAUUUUGUAAAAUAAAGAAUUUUCUUAAGGCA